AUGGAGUUAAUAUGGUCUAAAAUCGCGUGCACACUAUCCUGAGGUCAUCAUAUCACUUUAGUUUAAUCAGUCAGUAUUUUAUAUAGUUUCGUUCAAGAUGGUAGUCUUAUCUUUUGUGUUUCUGCUCUGUAUUUUUGAUUCAUCAUUGACAAUUAGUCAAAGUUUAAAUGAUGUAAUAUUCAAUAACGGCUAUGAGUUUUUUGACCUAUCGCACCCCUUUGAUAAAGAUACAGUAUAUUGGCCUGAGACACAAGUAUUUAACUUUACCAAAAAAAUCGAAAACAACGGUAUUAAUGGAACUUGGUAUGCGGCCAACGACUUUGCGGCAGGAGAGCACGGGGGCACACACAUAGAUGCGCCUUAUCACUUCCACAAGGAAGGCCUGCAUGUUGGUGAAAUACCUUUGGAAAAACUGAUCGUUACAUUAAUCAUCGUAGACGUCAGUUCUAUAGCAAACAACGAUCCCAAUUUCGUGCUCCACAAACAUCACCUGGACAAUGUUCUGUAUUUCGACUUGAACAAGCCUUCAGUAGUAAUCUUCAAAUUCGGCUGGAGCAAAUAUUUCAACGAUAGAAAGAAGUACUUGGGCUUGAACGAGUACGAUAACACUCUUAACUUCCCUGGUUUGAGUGAAGGAGUAGCUGAAUGGAUAACGACUACGUACAAAACAGUAGUUGGCAUUGGCGUGGAUGUGGCGUCAGUGGACACAGGCUCCAGCAAAACGUUUCCCGUGCAUAAAGCCACGUCCAAGGCGGGUCUUUACAAUUUGGAAAAUGUCAAUCUCAACCAACAGAUACCCGAUACCGGAUGCACAGCGCUUGUGAUGCCAAUGAAAAUAGCUUUGGGUACCGGAGCGCCGCUACGCUUAGUGGCUAUAUGUCCAAAACAAACACCAAAUAAGUUCUAAUAGGUCGGUUUUAUUGUUAACAUUAUAACCUACAACUAGAAAUAAAAAGAAACAAUAAGUCAUUGCUUGGAACAUAUUUAACACUUUAUACUGGAAUAAGUUUUAUUUCUUCGAAUAGAUAAAACAAAUCUUGUUACUAUUAAUAGAAAGAUGAAAAAAAUA